ACAUAUAUAUAUUUAUAUAUAUAUAAGAUAUUUAGACACCAUAGAACUUCAAAGCAAUUCAGUUCGCCACACCACAGAGCUAGCCAGAACCAGAGCUUUGGUCUGUUUUUUUUUUUUUAAGUGUUAACAAUGGAGGGAUUGGUUUCAUUUAAGGCGGUGCCACCCGUCUCUCGCAUGCCCAAAUUUUCAUGCUUGAGGUCGACUUCAUCUUCAUCCUUGGACCUUCGAAGAGGAGGCAACUCGUUCUCGUUUGGCUCCUCCUCAAUCUCCUCUUCAUCUUCGUCCUUUUCCAUUCGAGCCCAAGAGAUGGACUCUAAAGAUGGUUCAGCCACUGUUACUCCUGUGAGUGAAUCUGAACCUGAACCAGAUCCUGUGAAGAUAACGGAAUGGGAAGUGGGUAUGUUCCGUGAUGAAGUAGCUAAAAGCCAGGGCAUAAGAAUCAGAAGAAGACCCCCAACUGGACCCCCUUUGCACUACGUGGGGCCCUUUGAGUUUCGUUUGCAGAAUGAGGGAAACACACCUCGGAAUAUUUUGGAGGAAAUCAUUUGGAACAAAGAUGUUGAAGUUGCUCAAUUAAAAGAGAGGAAACCUCUUGGGUCACUGAAGAAAGCCUUGGACAAUGUUGCUCCUCCUAGAGACUUUGUAGGAGCUCUCAAGGAGGCCUAUUCACGAACUGGUCUGCCAGGUUUGAUAGCUGAAGUGAAAAAGGCUUCCCCAAGCAGAGGAGUCAUAAAAGAGAAUUUUGAUCCAGUUGAAAUUGCUCAAGCUUAUGAGAAAGGUGGUGCAGCUUGUCUUAGUGUUUUGGCAGAUCGGAAGUAUUUUCAGGGAAGUUACGAAAAUAUAGAGGCAAUAAGAAAUGCAGGAGUGAAGUGCCCUCUAUUGUGCAAAGAAUUCAUCAUUGAAGCAUGGCAGAUCUACUAUGCUAGAAGUAAAGGUGCAGAUGCCAUUCUUUUGAUUGCUGCUGUUUUGCCCGAUCUUGACAUCAAAUACAUGGUUAAGAUCUGCAAGAUGCUUGGUUUAGCAACUCUAGUUGAGGUGCAUGAUGAAAGGGAGAUGGAUCGUGUUCUUGGGAUAGAGGGUAUUGAGCUUAUUGGCAUCAACAACCGCAAUCUUGAAACUUUUGAGGUUGAUACAAGUGUCACAAAGCGGCUUCUUGAAGGAAAGCGUGGCGAAUUGAUCCGUGAAAGAGACAUUAUUGUAGUUGGAGAGUCUGGACUGUUUACUCCUGAAGAUAUUGCUUAUGUGCAAGCAGCCGGUGUUAAAGCGGUUUUGGUUGGAGAAUCAAUUGUGAAACAAGAUGACCCUGGAAAGGGAAUAGCUCAACUCUUUGGACAGGAUAUUUCAAUAUGAGAUCAAAAUAGCAAAGUCCACAGCUUACUUUGUGUAGAGUAAUCUGCCAGAAGAUCAGUAAUGUUCAACAGAGUUUCAUGCUAAAUUAUGUGAUCUUUUUGUAUGAUUCGUGUGUCCGGCUAUGUUUGCUCUUAUAGUACUUUGAUAUUUACAUACAAAUAAGUUUUUAGCUGUCAAAUUCAAUCUCUACAUAAUAAUGGUGUAGUGCAAAAGUUGUACUAGGCACUUUUCUCAGUUAUUGCAAAUUCGUUUGGUUUUGACAGAA